CUCCCCACAUCAUCUCUGUCAUUCCCAGAGGAGCCCCAGGAAAGGCAGAAGAAGCCGAACAUGAGUGCUUUAGAGGUCCAAAACAUCAACUGGCAGAUGCCAAUGAAUCGAAGGGCACAUCACACAGACAAGUUCUCCAGCCAAGAUUUCAUUGUAAGGAGAGGACAGCCCUGGGAGGUAAUACUGCUCUGCAACCGAAGUCUUGAGUCUGGAGACAAUCUGAACUUCAUCGUCUCCACAGGUCCUCAGCCCUCUGAGUCAGCCAGGACAAAGGCUGUAUUUUCCAUCUCUGGGAGAAAUACGAGUGGCUGGAGUGCAGCGCUCAAAGCCAGCAACGGCAAUAAUCUGUUCAUUGCUAUUGCCAGUCCUGUCAGCGCUCCCAUCGGAUUGUACACACUGAAUGUUGAGGUCUCCUCCAAGGGCAGGGUCUCCUCUGUGAAACUUGGCACAUUCACAGUGCUCUUCAACCCAUGGCAACAAGGGGAUGAUGUCUUUAUGAGUAACCAUGCUGAAAGACAAGAGUAUGUUGAGGAAGAUUCUGGCAUCAUCUACGUGGGCAGCACGAAUCGAAUUGGCAUGGUUGGCUGGAACUAUGGACAGUUUGAAGAAGAUAUUCUGAGCAUCAGCCUCUCCAUUUUGGAUAGAAGUCUGAAUUUCCGUCGUGACCCGGCGACUGAUGUGGCCCGCAGAAAUGAUCCCAAAUAUGUUUGCCGGGUGCUGAGUGCCAUGAUUAAUGCCAAUGACGACGGCGGCGUUCUUUCUGGGAAUUGGAGCGGUAACUACAGCGGUGGUGUAGACCCAAGAACCUGGAACGGUAGUGUGGAGAUCCUCAAGAACUGGAAAAAAUCUGGCUUCAGACCAGUCCAAUUUGGCCAGUGCUGGGUCUUUGCUGGGACCCUCAACACAGUGCUGCGGUGCUUGGGGGUUCCCUCUCGGGUGAUCACCAACUUCAACUCAGCUCACGACACAGAUCGCAACCUCAGUGUGGAUGUGUACUAUGACGCCAUGGGAAAUCCCCUGGAGAAAGGCAGUGAUAGCGUGUGGAAUUUUCAUGUCUGGAAUGAAGGUUGGUUCGUGCGGACUGACCUAGGUCCCUCAUACAAUGGAUGGCAGGUGCUGGAUGCCACCCCCCAGGAGAGAAGCCAAGGUGUGUUCCAGUGUGGUCCUGCUUCCGUUAAUGCAAUCAAAGAUGGUGAGGUGGACCAGAAUUUCGACAUGAUCUUCAUCUUCGCGGAGGUUAACGCGGAUCGCAUCACUUGGAUCUACAAUAAUAGGGAUGGCAGCCAGAAGCAGAAUUCUGUGGACACUUACUCCAUUGGCAAAUACAUCAGCACCAAGGCAGUAGGCAGCAACUCUCGCAUGGAUGUCACGAUCAAGUACAAGUACCCAGAAGGUUCCAAGCAGGAAAGACAAGUGCAGCAAAAGGCUAUGAACAAACUCAAACCUAACGCAUCUUUUGGCGCAACGUCUUCAAGGGGUCCCGACGGGGAAGAAAAGGAGCCCAGCAUUUCUGGGAAGUUCAAGGUCACUGGGGUCCUGGCAGUAGGCAAAGAAGUCAGCCUGGCCCUGAUACUCAAAAACACGACUAGUGAUAGGAAGACAGUGACGACAAAUAUGACAGCCUGGACCAUCGUCUACAAUGGUACCCUGGUCCACGAAGUGUGGAAGGACUCUGCCACAAUAUCCUUGGAUCCUGAAGAAGAAAUACAGUAUCCAGUGAAGAUCGCAUACUCUCAGUAUGAUAGAUACCUAAAGGCAGACAACAUGAUCCGGAUCACAGCCGUAUGCAAGGUGCCUGAUGAGGCCGAGGUGGUCGUGGAGCGGGAUGUCAUCCUGGACAACCCCACUUUGACCCUGGAGGUGCUGGACCAGGCUCAGUUACGAAAGCCGGUGGUCGUGCAGAUGCUUUUCUCCAACCCCCUGGAUGAACCAGUGAAGAACUGUGUGCUGAUGGUGGAAGGCAGUGGCUGCUGCGUGGCAGCCUCAAAAUCGAUGUGCCGGCCCUGCCCCAAGGAGAAGUCCCGGGUCCGGUUUGAGAUUUUCCCCACUCGGAUUGGCAUCAAGCAACUGCUGGCCGACUUUUCCUGCAAUAAAUUCCCUGCAAUCAAGGCCAUGCUGGUCAUUGAGGUGUCCGAGUGACCGGCCUAGCGGCACUCCCACAGAGCUGGGUAACGCAGACCAGACAGUGCUCUCCUGUGGAGUGAAACUGUUACCUAUGCUGUCCAGCAUGAGAAGUCCUCCAUGUCCCCAAGGCUGCCAGACAUGGACUUCCAGCAAGUCCCCAUACCCAACCCCCCUCACUUCAAGCUAGGCCAGGUCCCCCCUGGUCCGGGACUUGAUCAGUUUUGCACAUUUCCUGAUUGCCUUCCUGUUCUGUGAACCCUUGACCCCGUCGAUCCCUUAUACCCGGCAAUGCUGCGAACAGAACAGCACUGAACAGCACCAGAGCUCAACACAUUGGGAAGAAGCCAGCCUGGACCGCUUGCUGAUCCCAGCCUGCAAUUCAGAUACCCUGUUCCUCCCUCAGCCUCCACGGAAGGCGGGGAGUAUUACAUACCACACCACAUACCUUACAGUCGUAAUAAAUGCCAAACAAGUGCAAUCCUCCAA